AUGUUCAAUGAACCCAUAUCACCACCCUCCUUAACACCUUCAUCCCCAUCUUAUUAUACCAUCUCCUAUGAUUCUGACCCUCAAUCACCUACUCUCGCUCAACUCCAGACUCGCGCCCUCUUCGCCCAAAACCAACCUGAACCAGAAACUAAUAUUCCUUCACCAUCUGAAAAACCACCAACACCUCCAUCUGAACCACACAUAGAAACUCUCACUGAAAACCCAAUUACUCAUCAAUCUGAACCUCUAAUUGAACCCAUAACACCAUCAACACCUACAUCUCCCACCGCUGAAGCUACAGAAAAGGCCGUCGCUGAGGCUACUGCUACUGCUGAAGUUAAAGCCAAAGCCAAGGUUGAUGCUGAAGAAGCAGCACGCAUAGCUGCGGAAGAAGCUUCCAAGGAUAGGGAUGAUGCUCUAACUCAAGGGGAGCAAUCUCAAUCUGAUUUCGCUCCUCUAGUGUUGAAGACUCUGGAAGAGCUGCAAAAAGAGCAGCAGGUCGUGCGAGCAAGAUUGGAUCAACAGGACUUCGUCAACUUCAACAUUCAGAACCUGCUGACUUAG